UUUGAAUCUCGCCGGAUUUAUUUUUGAGGCGCACCGCAGCGCAAGCGCCACACUCAAAACCCACCCUAAUGAUUUCUUAACGUGUUAUUUUCUACUUUAAUGCAACUAAUCCCUUUCUAAAACGCUCAGAAAAGCAAAACACGUCUGUAUUUAUUAUGCCAACAAAUCAUUAGUAUUUGUGCAGCGAGCUUUAGCUGUAAUUGAGUGUUUUUUCAGUGCCCCGGUGCUCUGAUCCACCGGAGCUGCAGUGAAAAUGCUCCCUCAUAUAAACACCAGAAGCGCGUGCUCGAGUGUGUCUCGUGUCGCCGUCGCCUCGCUCGUCGCUGCAGUCUGUGUACAUGUGGGGUGUAGUGUGAGUCCAGAGAUAGAUGCGCGGAGAUGUGUGGUUUGGGGUCCUGGACUGAGUCCCGAUGCUGUACUUCCGGUCAGAUACUUCUACAUCCAGAGCGUGGACUCAGAGGGACACAACCUCAGCGCGUCUCCCGCUGCAGACUCGUUCAGAGUGAAGAUCUGGUCUCUGGAGAAGGAGUUUGUUCGUGUUCAUGUGCCGGCUCCGUUAGACCGGGGCGACGGCUCUCUCCUGGUCAGAUACAGACUCUACGGAAGCUCCUCGAAGGGUCUGAAGAUCGAAGUCUUGUAUCAAGACAAGCCCGUGGCAGACUCUCCAUACACUCUUCAGGGUCCGGUGUAUCACGAGUCCUGUGUGUGUCCCGAGCGGGAUCCGUCCGUCUGGAGGAGCGCUCUGCAGUGUCCCGAGGACGAGCCGCAGAUCCAGCAGGACUUCCUGUCCUUCCCGUCCAUCGACCUCCAGCGGCUCCUGCGGGAGGUCCCUGAGCGCUUCUCCAGACGCGGAGGACUCCUUCACUACAGCCUCGUCAAUAACCAGCUGCACCGCCGCUCGCUGGGCAAGUACACCGACUUCAAGAUGUUCUCCGACGAGAUGCUGCUCUCCCUCGCGCGCAAAGUACGACUCACAGAUGUUGUGUUGUUUUUUAUAGUAGUAGGAGUGUGGGAUGUGGAGCAGGAGGGAGGGGGGUGAACUGGACCCGGGCCGUUGCCCAUCAUCUCGUGGUGUGGCUCCACAGACACGCGUGACAUCAUCCUCCCCACGUAUGACAUCACACACUCGUCUCUGGAGGCCAUGAGAGGCGUCACCAGUGACCUGCUGUCUGUCCAGGGCCACACAGGUCCUGUGUGGUCAGAUAAAACGGAGAAGGCGUUCUUCAGAGGCCGGGACAGUCGAGAGGAGCGCCUGCGUCUGGUAGCAAUGUCCAAAGAAAAUCCAGAGCUGCUCGACGCGGGAAUAACUGCUUAUUUUUUCUUCCGCGACCGGGAGAAGGAUCUGGGAAAAGCCCCGCUGGUGGGAUUCUUCGACUUCUUUAAGUACAAGUACCAGGUGAACGUGGACGGGACGGUAGCGGCCUACAGGUUUCCGUAUCUGAUGCUGGGGAACAGCUUGGUGUUCAAGCAGGACUCUCCGUACUACGAGCACUUCUACACGCACCUGAAAGCAGGAGUGCACUACAUCCCCGUGAAGAGAGACCUGUCUGACCUCCUGCAGAAGAUCCGGUGGGCUCAGAAGAAUGACACGCAGGCAGAGGCCAUAGCGAAGAGCGGACAGUCGCUGGUCAGAGAUCUGCUGCAGCCUCACAGACUCUACUGCUAUUACUACAGCGUACUCCAGACGUACGCAGAUCGUCAGAGCACACGGCCUGCGGUUCAUCCAGACAUGGAGCUGGUUCCUCAGCCGUCUGAUCCCAGCGCUCUGUGUGACUGCCAGCGGUCCUCAGAGGAGCUCGACCCCCUGCAGAAGAACGAGCUCUGAGGACAACACUCAAACAGUGACACACAUCAGAAUCAAGCUGCGCUGGGAGUGAUUGUGUGCAUUAAUAACCCCACCGGUUUAAAUUAUCUUCUUUUCUUUUUCUUGCACCUGAUUUCUGAUAUCGUUUGUUUACUUUACAGAACCGAGUUUGUUUCUGUUUCGCCUCUUGUUUAACCUUCCUAGGGUUUAUUGGUGUGUAACAAGGAUGAUGGAUAUCAUGUCACAUGAAAUGAGUUUGGUUUUAAACUUUCUAAUGAAUGCUUUAAAUGAAGCACAUGUAAGCUAAGCAUUAUUUUGUGCAUGGGCCACACACAAGCUGAUGAUCACAAUAUCACACUGAAGAUAUCGAACAUGCUUUGAUUCUGAUGAUGUGUUUUCGACUCUAAUUUCCGUCAAAGGUCUGUGAACAAAGCGAAGUCUGACUGAAGUGAUGUUUUAUGCGCUUGCCUUAAACUUAAACACAUUCCAUUGGUUUCCAGUGUUCAUUUGUGCCAGAUCAGCUCCAGCUCAUGGGAAAACAACUACAGUAUUUUACCAUUUUGUAUGAAUUUGUGCUGUGUGAAUCAUACAAAAACGUGAUUUUUAGAAAUGUAGCAAGAUUAGACAAAGUCAUACAAAUAGCCACCAGUUCGCCAAAAUGUGAAGGAGUUAAACUGCCAUGACUUUUGAAAAACUCUUAUUUUGUUGUGAUCUGGACAUACUUUUGUAUUAAUGUUUCUAUGUUUGCAUUAAAGAAAUAUUUAACCCUCCAAAAAUACAAAUUUGCUGAAGAUUUACUCGACCUCAGGCCAUCCAGGAGUAGGAUGUUUCUUCAUAUGAACAGGUUUGGAGACCCUCUGCAGUGAAUGGGUGCCGUCAGAAGAGAUAAUUACAAGAAAUAAAGACUUGUAAGAAAUACUCCCGGCUUAAGCUAGUCCCAGCCUAAAAUGCACGUUUGAGCCGUCUCAACGGAAAAUAUCUUGCUUAAAAUAUGUCCGUGUCGAGAUGCACACCUGUAAUGUUUUCUUCGAAGGCAUUUUUAUUAAAAAAGUAAACUCACAAGGGCCCUUCAUGAAGGAAUUCAGUCAGAUGUUUACUUUAGUUUGCAUCAUCUCAUAGACAUGGCAUCCCCUUCAAGGCACAAAAACACUGGAAUUCACCUGCUGAGAAGAAAAAAGUCUGCAAUUGAUGAUUUUUAUUUUUUUAAGUAAGUUGCAAGACCAGCUCCUGCCGCAUACUUGAACAAGGAAAUACUGUAAUUUCACGCUCCUUCCGAAGACACCAUUCUUUUCACCUGCAACGGAGCGCUGCGCAUUAACAAAAGCCUGCAGCAUUUUAUUUUCUGGUCACCAAGAGAUGAAAAAGCCACACACUCAGACAGAUGCAUUCUUGA